AUGGAAGAAGUUUGUGAUGCUAUACGAUCUCAAAAAGGUGGAACUAAACUAAAUAUCAAAGGGUACCUAAUGGUUAAGGAGAAAAAUAAAAGAGGUAGAUAUUACUGGUACUGUGAAUAUAGAAAGUCGAAAAAGUGUCCUAGUCACGCAACAAUAUAUUUAAUCAAGAACUUGCAUUAUCUACAAGAUGAUAGUGGUAAACAUAAUCACUUGCAUGAUGCUAGCCAUUAUAUGUUCACUAUUUCUAAUAAUGUUCAACCUUUCAUGCCAUCACAAAAUGUUCUUCAUGAAAUAAUUGUUCGUUCUAGGAAAACUGAACAAUUACCACAAUCGCAAGAUAUUUUAGAUCUUAUUAUUCUGUUCAAUCUUC